AUGUCCGCGCACCGGCAAUAUGAACUGAUCGAGGGACCGACCCUGCUCGAGGAAGAGAGCGUUCGUGGCUACAGGGCAGACGAUUACUAUCCUGUUCACAUUGGGCAGAUCUUUCAAGGACAAUAUCGAGUGGUAGGCAAACUUGGAUAUGGCUCCGCUUCGACAGUGUGGCUAUGCCGGGACCUGGAAGUGGACGAACGCUAUGUCGCACUGAAGGUGUACAUCAACAACUCAAAGGAACACCGAGAACUUUCGAUAUGUCAGCAUAUUAAUGCUAUAUCAUCUGAGCACCCUGGCCGAGAGCAUGUUAGGAAGCUGCUCGAUACGUUCGAAAUCGAAGGACCACAUGGCAAACACAUAUGCCUAGUUUUUGAGCCGCUCGGCAACAGCCUUGGUCAACUCAGUCUUCUGGCCGACGGAGCUCUUGAAGCCCACAUCAUCAGGCAGACAAUGCGUCCGAUAUUGAACGCGCUGCAAUUCUUGCAUACGGAAGCUCGCGUCAUUCACACAGACCUGCAGCCAAACAACAUCCUUCUAGGCAUCCACGACAACUCCAUCCUGACCAGAUUUGAGGAGGAGGAACUUCGAGAGCCGAGUCCUCGAAAGGAGCUAGAAGAUCGCACAAUUUAUCUCUCGCGACCAAUGCCUCUGGCGAAGGGAUGGCCAUCCUUGAGUGACUUCAGCGAGGCCAGAUUCGGUGGGCCUGAGCACACAGAUCUUGUCAUGCCGGACGUGUAUAGGGCACCAGAGGUUAUUUUAGGCAUGCCUUGGAGUUAUCCGAUCGACGUUUGGGCUUUUGCCAUUGUGAUCUGGGACCUUUUCGAGCCACAGCGGCUGUUUUCAGCGCGAGACGAAAAUGGCCGCUAUUCAGAAGCGCAUCAUCUCGCCCAAAUGGUCUCCAUCCUGGGUCAGCCACCUCUAGACUUCCUAGAAAGGUCAAGCAAGUGCGAUCAAUACUGGGAUCAAAAUGGCAACUGGAUUGGAGACGUUGCCAUACCUGACAGGUCCAUCGCCACGGCUGAGAAGCGACUGGCAGCUGACGACAAAGCUGACUUUUUGGACUUCAUGCGAAAAAUGUUGCAAUGGAGGCCCGAAGACAGAGGCAACUGGGACGAUGUCUUCUUCUCGGAGUGGCUGGUAGCAGAUCUGAUCGAAUCUGGACAGAUUGUUCGGGACGAUGAGUGA